GGGCCUUUCUCUGGGACCCCAAACGAGCACUUUGAUUCUUCAGGUUUCAGGAACCCGGGGUGAAAAACGGGCAUGAAACCUUUUAGGAGGGACUAGCAGCUCUCACCGGCGCACGGGGCAGUGAGGGUGGAAGAUGCUGGUGGCAUCGAUGGGACACGCUCAGCCCCGGUGAUGCCCAGUGUCAUACGGUAAAAGGAGCCUCCAGAAGGAUUGGAGGACUUUUUAAGAGCCCAUCGUGGGGUUUUAUCCCCCCCUGCAAGCCAGCAGGUCCGGAAAACCCCCCCCGCAGGCAUGGCGCUGGUGAAGAGCGGUUGGCUUUGGCGACAGAGCUCCAUCCUGCGCCGUUGGAAGAGAAACUGGUUUGUCCUCUACUUGGAUGGCAGUUUGGUUUAUUAUCACGACGAGACGCAGCGCGACAUGGACGGCCGCAUCCACAUCAAAUACAGCUGCCGGGACGUCCGGACCGGCCGCGAGUGCAGAGACGUGCAGCCUCCCGAGGGGAAGGGCCGGGAGUGCCUGCUGACCCUCGUGCUGCGGGACGGCUCCAAGACCACGCUCUGCGCCGAGAGCCAGGACGACGCCAUCGCUUUGAAGAUGGCCGUGCUGGAGGCUAAAGCCACCCCGGUGCACGUCUACGACCCCUACGAUGAUGACUACUACCAGACGGUGCCCCUGGACUCCCACCAGACGGCCUACAUCAGCUCUGGCCACUACGGCCACCAGUACGGAGGUGGGUGA